AUGACAGGAGCAGUGCGGCUGCGUUGUUUCCGCUUACAUAAGCGCUUAAACAGAAACCCUAGUCUAGAUGACAACAUAAAAAGGGAUGAAUUCCCAGUUCAGUCUAUAUUGUCUCAGCUUGAAAUCAUGGGAUUCCAUUCACCAGACUCCGGCAUUGCAGCCUCGGUAUUCCUUGCCUUGUACACGCUCUUCUUGGGCCAGAUGACAUACAUUAUGAUCAAAAGAGGCUUCAAGAACGUCUACACUUUCAUUUUCUUCUUCACCUUGUUCCGUUUUGGAGGCCAAUUGUGUGGUGUCGUCUACGCCGCAUUGGGUCCACUGCAUUAUAAAUGGCUCAUUGCGUAUCUUGUGUUGGGGGCCGAAGGUUAUUUUGCACUUAUCUUUGCUGGAUUCCGCUUCACUUGCAGGGCCCAGUAUGAGAAAUUUGGAGAGUCGUGGAUGCUCCACAAAGGUCCAAACGUUGGAAAUCUAUUUAUUCUCAAGCGUCUUUGUAAAUCAUGGAGCCGCAUCUUCCAUUUGACUCUUAUUCCAGCAAACGCACUUGUCAUUUCUGGAGGUUCCAUGUUGGCAGGCAUUCUGUACGAUGACAUGGCAAAGGAGCACAACACUGUUAUGACCUCCAAGGCACUCCGGACCACAGGCCAGGCCAUAUUUUUAUCCAUGACGUUGUGCCUGAUUUUCUUGACCAUCUAUGUCUUUGUUGUAGAGAAGGUGAGAAACCAUACCACCAUUGCAGUGUUGUGUGGAUCACCAUUUAUUUUGGUCAGAGGUAUUUUUGGUGUUCUCUCCAUCUACAUCACGGAAAUGAACUACUUCCAGUUUUCCAAUUAUGAUGAGGAAGGAAAAGUCAACCACAAGUUGGUCGUUUACGAAUAUGUGUUGUCGACAACCAUGGAGUUCAUUACUGCUUCGCUCUUGAUGACUAAGUACUGGUUCGAUUUGAAACACCCAAGCGAGCAAUUGUUGCUCGAAAACAAAAGAACUAACAAUUCAUCAAAUUCUGAUCCAGUCAGCUCAAUCAGAGAGCAGUCAAUGAAGGGAGUAUUGAAGGCGGAACGCCAACGAAACUAA